GACCUACAGAUCCACCCUGGACUACACCAAACAAAGUCUGGGGAUUCUCAUUCACCUCCAGAAGAAAGAGGAGGCGCAUGCCUGGCUCUAAGCAGAGAAGAUCUACUACAUCCUGUGGCGGAGCGAGCUGGUGGAGCUGUACAUCCAGGUGGCACAAAAUGUGGCCCUGUACACAGGCGAUCCCAACCUGGGGUGGAGCCGUUUGAGGCAGCUGGAGACAUCUUCAAUGGGGCCUGGGAGCGGGAGAAAUCCGUGUCCUUCUACCGGGACCGGGCCCUGCCCCUGGCAGUGACUAUGAGCAACUGCAAGGCGGAGCUGCAGCUGUGCAACAAGCUGGUGGCACUGCUGGCCACGCUGGAGGAGCCCCAGGAGGGCUUGGAGGUUACCCACAUGGCCCUAGCACUCAGCAUCACUCUGGGGGACGGGCUGAACGAGCGUGUGGCCUACUACCGGCUGGCUGCCCUGCACCACCGGCUGGGCCAUGGCAAGCUGGCGGAGCACUUCUACCUCAAGGCCCUGUAGCUCUGCAACUCGCCGCUGGAGUUUGACGAGGAGACCCUCUAUUACGUGAAGGUGUACCUGGUGCUUGGUGACAUCUUCUACGACCUGAAGGAAUGGUUUGAUGCAGCCGGGUACUAUCAGCUGACACUGGCAGCCGCCGUGGACCUGGGCAACAAGAAGGCACAGCUGAAGACCUACACGCGGCCGGCCACCAUCUCCCACAACUUCCUCCUGGACUGCGAGAAGUCGCUCUUCUAUCAGAAGGCCAGGACCUUCGCCACAGUGCUCAAUGUCUGCAGGGUCAACCUGCCUCCUCUGCCACUCUGCGGGUGGGCCCCCUGAUUGGCCCCAGCCACCCUCGCUGAGGACAGCAUCCGAGGGAGUGGGUUUUGUGCAAGGAGGAUGGUCUCCUGCCUCUCCUGGUGUCCCCCGUGGCUCAUUUUCUGGGAAAUGGAGGCAUGAAAGCAGGGUUCAAAGAGCAAUAAAUGUUUUUUUGCAAUAACAUCCUGAAUUCCCCAGGCCAUCCUUCCCUGUGUGCUUCCUGGGCGGUGUCUAGGGGCAGCUCCUUCCCUGGUGACAGCCCUCUGAUCUUGGGGAUGAGAAGGACCCUGAGUCCAACAGACCUGGGCCAGGUCACCACGAGCCUCGGUUUCCUUGGCAGCCAGAGGGGAGAUGGUGGUAGAACUCCCUGGGCAGCUCCCUGCUCU